GGCGGAGGAAAAUACACUUGAAUUCGUGUAACUAGAAAAAGGUUUUAUAGUCAGAAAAACACUCAGAUUUUAGUCAUGGAGAUUGGUCCAGCUUUGCCACCACAUCUACUGAAGAACAUAAACAAACAAAAGGUGGAAGAAAGGCAAAAUUGUGCCCUUGGAAAAGAGGAAACAUCCUCACGACCACUGCAGGAUGAUGAAAACAGUGAUGAAGACGAGUGUUAUGGACCGGCCUUACCACCUGGGUUCCAAAAGAAAAAGGAAGAAGUUACAAGAGCGAAGGUUAUUGGACCCAUGAGACCUCCGAAAUCCGUGUCAAAUGCUGUUGAAAAUACCAUCAGUAGUGAUGAAGAUGGAGAUGUCAUUGGACCAACUCUACCAACUGCCAAAGACAUUGAUGUUGGAUUUGAAAGAACCAAAAUGGACAUAGAGGCACGAAGUAUGGCAAAAAAGGACCAGAUGACAGGCAAGAAAGAUGCAAAACCUAAGCGAGAGACUUGGAUGACAGAGCUGCCUCCAGACUUAAGCAAGAAUUUUGGUUUGGGGCCCCGUAAGUUCCGUGCUCGUGCUGUUGAAGUAGGUGAUCAGUCAGUUUGGACAGACACUCCAGCAGACAAGGCCAGGAAGUCAAAGGAGGGUAACAGAGGAUCAAAAAGAGGUGGUGAUGAUGAUGAACCUGUCAGGACUCCAUGGGAAAUCACAAGGGAUCAACAGAUGACCAAGCAAGUGGAAAGUCACAAUAAGCGGCACAGGGGAGAAUCCUUGAUGGAUAUGCAUACAAAGAAAAUUGAAAAACAAAAGAAGGAAGAUAAAGACAAGCCUGUUGAACGAAGACCAUUUGAUCGAGACCAGGACUUAAACUUACCAAAAAUGACUGGCGAGCAAAAGAAAUCUGUCAUCCAGAAGUCCAAGGAACUUGGAUCUAGGUUUCAACAUUCCAGAAGUGGUUCCUCCUUCCUCUGAGAGGCGUAGGAACCAAUAUCAAGGUCUUACUGCCCAUCAACCAUUCUGUGUACUUAUUGAUGAAAGCCAUAAGGUCAUGAUCUGAACAACACAGUUUAAGUAUUGCUUGUAACAAAAUACUCCUGGAUGAAGUGAGAUAUUCUGAGAGUAACUAAAUUUUGCGUCAAGACUGCUUAAUCUGGGGUCCAACGCAGUAUCUUA